AUGCAGCACAUCAAUGCCACGGAGAUCACAACCUCACUUCCUGCAAGACUAGCAUACCUACAGUCUUUCCUGCAGUUCGACCCGGAGGUCGACGGAGGACUGGUCCACGCCUGUAAACCAGUCCUUGGACCUCUUGUGAACGGCAUUGUGGAUGCUGUGUACGACCAUCUCCUCAAGUACGAUAUCACCGCCACGGUUUUCACAAAGCCUCAAGCACAUGGUCAGGCUCCCACCUCCCUCGACGAGCUUGGCGAAAGCGAGAAUCUCAAAGUUCGGAAAGAUUUCCUCAAAGGCUACCUCAUUCGCCUAGCCUCGAACACAGACUGGACCCCGUCGAGCAACUUCUGGACAUACCUCGAUGGCGUCGGCAAGGCUCAUACCGGUGGAGUUGGUGACCAGAGUGGCCUCAAGCACAGGAAGAACAAGCCACCGCUAUGGGUCGACUACCGAGACAUCAAUCUGCUGCUCGGCUGGGUAGAAAACGCAGUCACAGAUGUUGUUAUGGGAGUAGAAAGCCUCGACCUUGAGACGAGAGUGAAGAUCCUCAAAGCACUCAACAAAUUCUGGUGGAUUCAGAAUGACCUGUUUGCUCGACACUAUAUUGACGAAGGUGGACCAACUGCGAAUGGUGAAGGUGACAACACCGAAAAUAUGAGUAGGUCCUGA